AAUCAGCUGAUUAUUGUUUUCGUUCUUCUGAUAUGGAGCUGAACGUAGUAACGGUGCAGCGAAGCGUAUAUUAUAUAUAUGCCUAAUCCGCGCGUUCUCAUCCGUUUCUGUUUCCGAGAAACUAAGAAAUCACCGAGUCUUUCUCCCUUCCUUUUUCUCCUUCAUUCCUCCAUUGUCUACGUGUGCGUGCGAGGGAGAAGGACGGAAUACGGACGUGCGUGUAUUGUACAUGUCGUAGUCGCUUCACGGUACCCGCCGUGCCAGCAGCGAAAACCGCGAGAGGAACGGCCAAGCGUAGGAAAGGACGCGAGAGAGAAGAGAGCGAAGUAUCGGCGCGCGGUUGUGAAAUCGCCCGACUUGAGAGAGACUCCCGUCAUCCGUCAGCGUAAAACUACGGCGGAGGUAUCGUUCCGUCGUGCUACUGCUGUGUCUUCUACUUUCCCGCAAGGGGAGACAGAGGAAAAUUUAUAUCCGACGCUACGAGGAGAACAUCCGUUCCGUGUGCGCGAUUACGUGACAUCGUAGUCAUUGUCAAUUAUUAUUACUAUCGUUCGUUGACUGUUAGUUGUUCGCGGAAAGUAAAAUGACGCAGUAGACAGGAGAGGACAACGACGGCGGUGACGCGCGCGCGGAGUGCAGUAGUGGGCUGUCUCUUUCUCUCUUUCUCUCUCUUUCUCUUCCUUCGACAAUGGGAAAAUACGAUCAAGUUUUGUGAAGUAAGUGUUAUAUACGGUAGAAUCGAUUCCGAUUUUCCCGAUAUAUUUUGUGUUUCUGUCGUUCGAUAGUAAUCUGCUCUGCACAAAUGCGACAAUAAAGACACGGCCGCGAUAAGCGAGGCCUUUCCUUUGUUCUUCCGAUGAUUGCCUUUCUAUCCCCCGCCUCUUUCGUAUCUCCGCGCGGUCCGAGGACGUCGCUUUUUUAACGUGGUUGCGUAAACCGCUCGCGGAGUACGUCAUAUUUGCGCGUCUGAAUCAGUCCGUCCGUGUUUGUUUUUCCAAUUUGGUUUCUCUAUGUUUCGCGGUGGUUCACCGAGGUUCCGUUCGCCUGCACUUUUUGCACUCGGCAUCCUCGAUUUCUCUCUCUUUUCAAAUACCCGAAUAUAUAUUUAUCGCAUUUUAAGCGAUAAAUAUAUUUGGGAAUUUUAAAUAAAGAGAUCUACGCGGUCUUGUUUACAGAUGCGACACAACGAACGUUCGGUCGCGAACGCCCUUCCCCGUUGAUUGUCCCUGAACGUGCAAUUCGCGCACAGCCAACAGCUGUGCGCUGCGUUGUGCAAUGCAACGUUUCCCUCUCCCUCUCCCCCUCCUUUUCACUCUACACGGCUGACAAAAUAGACUCCCCCUUCCCUUCCCGCUCCAUCCCGUUUCGUUCCGUCAGCCGUCGUCAACACUGUCGUACCACCACUAUUAUACGGAUAGCCCGAUACGCUUUCCUACUUUUCGUGCGUGUUGAACGUGUUGAAUAAUGCAUCGCGUGACGACGACGAUGUCGACGAUGACGGCGCUUCAUCGAACAUUCCGAAUUUUAACAACGACGAUCGCGCGACGGCGGCGUCGCGACGUACAGUAAUCAAGUCCGCGAAAUUGUCGAGUGACUACGAACGGGUGCACUUUGGGUUCUUUGUCCUCCGCGCAACGAUUAUGCGAACGUCGCGCUUCACACCCGUCGUCGUCUCGUCACGCGAAUAAUUUCCUUGCUCUCUCCUACUGAUAAAUAAAACUCUAAUUUGGCAAUAAAAAAUGUCUGCGGAAUCACCAAGACGAAGUGCGCAUAAAGGAGCUCAAAUCGUUUCACCUCAGCCCAUAGUAGAUCGAUCAAUCAUUGAUAGUGUUGCUGGAAUCAUAAAUGAUAUAGUACCACAGGGAUAUGCCGGAGUAUCCAAUUCUGAUAAUAAGGAAACCAUAUCAUGGGCGCGGUUUGAAUACGCAGACAUAAAUGACCCAGCUUUAUAUCCUGAUUAUAAUGAAGGUUCCAGUACACCACCGUUGUUAUUAGUAUUAGGAUACGCGGUUGGCGUUCAGGUAUGGCUGAUAGCAGCAACGGGAGAGGCAACGGAGAUUCUAUCAUGGCGACAAGGCGUGGUUCGUAUUCUUCGAAUUCUACCAAAUCCAAAGACUGACGACGAACAUGUCGAUGAAUUUGAAGCGAAACGGCCGAUGGUAGCGGUCUGCUCUGAGCCGGAUUCAACUCUUCCGGGACCAAAAACUUUUUGUGACGUUAAUUUCAUCUCCUUGAAAACCGGCGAGUCAAUACACAGCGUAGGAUUCAAGCAUUCUGUCUGCGAUGUGUUGGCGAACAGGCGAUCCGUGGUUAUAACGUUAUUAGAAAAAAUUGCGGUCUUUGAUGCUAGAACAUUGCAAAAUAAUAUAACAAUCACGACUUGCUAUGCCAGUCCUGGCCUGAAUCCAAAUCCCAUCGCUUUAGGAACGCGAUGGCUAGCUUAUAGCGAGAAAAAAUUAAUACCCGCAAGAAGAAGUAGUGGUGGUUGCGAAGGGGAAGGCGUUCAGAGUUACACAGCGACGGUUUUAUAUGCGGCGAAGUCGCUAGGGAAAGGUCUUCGCGGACUAGGGGAAACCGUAGCGUCGAGUCUCACGGGGAAUUCAGUAUCACCGAUAGCUAUCAAUAACACGGGCAAUGAUGUAACGCAACCAGGUGUCGUUACGAUAUUGGAUCUUCAGAUCGCGAAAGACGAGAAAGAGUUAGACGAUACUAAUGCGGAUGCUGUAAUUGCUCAUUUUACUGCUCACAGCGACGCGAUCGUUGCUAUGACUUUCGACUUAACCGGCGCGUUAUUGAUGACAGCGGACAAGAGAGGACAUGACUUCCACAUAUUCAGAAUCCAGCCGCAUCCCGGUGGAUCAACACUAGCGGCGGUACAUCAUUUGUAUAUUUUACAUCGUGGCGAUACUACCGCUAAAGUACAGGACAUGGUAUUUUCGAGCGAUACACGCUGGGCCGCUAUUUCAACUGUAAGAGGUACAACGCAUGUUUUUCCUGUCGCACCUUACGGAGGUCCUGUUGGCGUCAGGACACAUUCCACACCCAAUGUCGUCAAUAGAUUAUCAAGAUUUCAUAAAAGUGCAGGCUUGACGGAUGACGGUACCCGAUCCCACUCUCCUGUAUCUCACACCGAAUUACCUUUGUCCGUAUAUCCAUACUCUAAUCCUCGACUUCCUCCAUAUCCUCAUCCAACGAUAUUGCAUCCUUUGUCGCAAAUUCGACAACCAUCUUCUCUGAAUCAAAUCAACAGCUCCACACAGCCGAGACCACAACAGAGACAACGAUUACAUUCUGACGAUAAUGGGACUUUACCGUUGAAAAUUUGCGCGUGUUUCGCUCCGCCAAGAGCUUGGAUGUAUGCGCAAAGGGAAUCCAGUAGCAAAGUUGUCAAAAGAGCAGUCGAUUCUCUUUUCAUCAUGGCAUGUCAUGGAAAUAUGAUACAAUACGACUUGGAUCCUAAACCAGCUGCUGGUGUGCCAAAGGAAAAAGUUUGUGACGACACCAUGAUUGAAUUGGAAGUUGAAGCAAAAGGCCAAUGGCCACUUUGUAGGUCCCCUAAUUCGUCAGAUCUUGUCCAACCGUUAUCUCUGUCGAAUCCAUUACUUAGCAUUUCGUUCGCACCAAAGAACAAUCAGGAAUUUGACACAAUCGAGGAUCGUUGGUUGAGUCAAGUGGAAAUCGUAACACAUGCUGGACCACAUAGACGAUUGUGGAUGGGACCACAAUUCGUUUUUAAAACUUAUAAUGCACCUAGCGGUGUUGCUGUCAAUCUGGUCGAAGCGGAGGCAGUCGAGAUUGGAAUUACUGGGUCACGUCCAGCGAGAUCGAAGCCUGUUAAUAUGCCUCAUGCGGCGUCUAGGCCGUUGAUGCCAGUUGUCAUCGAUGGAUCAGGAAGCAGUUAUGAGCAAUCACCAAGAUUCAUGGAAGCUUAUGGUGACCCUCUGGAUAGCGAGAACGUGGCUGUUGGUAGCUGCGAGAGUCAACUGAGAGAGGAUCUCGCGGAAGCUAUGCUCGAAAUAUCAAUUGCAUCACAUCGUGCUCCAGGGAGGCGUAUGGUAUUUGAGAGGGUGGGUCAGCCGGUAACUAAAGUCGUCAACCCUCACACCGGCACCGUGAUUACCGUGUCGGCCGACGAGGAUGGGGACGCUAUUAGCUCCAUACAGGAGUACGAGUCCGCCGCGGAGGAGAUGCACGCACCUAGAAGCGUGUGCGCCGAGGAGGGUCCGGCCUCGCUCGGUGCGGUUGAUCUCCCAGAUGAGUCGGACAGCCGGGCGCUGAAUCGUAAGCUCACAGAGAUCUGCGCGGAGAUGCGCUCGGCAAGUGAGCCGGCGAUCAACAGCGUGCUUGAUGAGAAUAUAUGCGAACUGCAGGAUCGUCGUGCUCUAUGCGCGGAGAUGGCGGCCACGACGACAACAACGACGUCAAUCGACUACGAAAAGGAGGAAGCGUUCUGCGAGGUGCCGACGAGUCUCAGCCUGUGUGCUCAACCAGGUGAGAUUCCGAGCAGCCCUAUGACACAGGCGAAAGAGACCGCGUUAUGGUGCAGCAAGGGAAGAUCUAUCGACAGUCGUACUGAGGACUAUCACAGCGAGGCUCACGAGAGGAAUCUCGCCAAGGCCAAGUACGUCGUCAGCUACGACGAUGACAGCGUUACGCUGAUGGAGAACAAGACGAUGCGAAGCGAUAGGAGUAUCGAGAUAUGGCAGUCGAACUUAGAUGAGAGAGUCAAGAGACCUGUCGCGAGAAGAGCUAUCGUUGAUUCCGAAAGAAUCUCAAGUUCCAGUACUAUACAGAAACGCCCAAUUGAACAGCGGAUGACGCGUGCGGAAAAAUAUGUUGUUAAAGAGGAUGAUGAUAGUAUCAUUAUCAAAGACGCGCGUCGCAUGGAUUCGACGAUGAAUUUUGGCAUGAGGAAAGAGGAAAAUGACGCUGAUAAAAAGAAAAUGGAGAGCGCAAGAGAUACUAAGGUAGCGAGAAACAAAUAUGAGAUGAUACGCAAGAAUGACGAAUGGAAGAGUCAAGGUUCUCCACAGGAAUUCACCGAUAAGAAUCGAGUUAUGCUCAAAAAUAGAGAAAUUAAAUGCACGAGAGAGCUAUCUUCUAUUGACUUGUCCGAGCCAAUGGAAUCAAUUGGUGACGUAAUUGUGAAGAGAGAAAAUCCUGUAAAACCCAUGUUGGAUGUGGAAAAUGUGAGAUUGCUAUCUGAUCAUGACAAUGAGUAUGAUAACGAUAAUGAAUUGCUAUCGUUGGAUCCACCGCCGCCGGAUGAUUUCAGUUCCAUUGAGUAUCAUAUGGUAGAGCCAUGCAAUCUUGGCAAAGAUGCUGCUUUGACAUCCACUCAAUCCGACGAUGACAUCGAGCACAUCCACGAGUCUGAGGUGAUGCAGAUGCGGAUGAAGGCUGACGCGGACAACGGCAAGUGCAAAGAUGCAGAUGUGACUAUCAACACAGUCGCGCAAUUUUCUUCUCCUAUGAUGCGACGGAAAAGUAGCAAGAGCACGAUUUCAGACGAUGAUCUAGAGUACAUACACAAUGUCGAUCUUGGUUUUGAAUCCACGAAUUCAGGCGAUGCCGGUACGACGACAUCUUUGACAAAGGCGAGCAAUAACAAUUCGCGUAGACGGCAUAGUAGGCACACAUUGUCCUCUGAUGAUGAUCUGGAACACGUUCAGCUUUCGGAAGUCCAUGAGUUGGAACUUGACGCGAGAUUAUCGCAGAGAGAACCUCUGCAGGCGACCCAGGAAAUGACACCAGUGGAACAGCAAGGAACAAAGUCUAAGUCUGGUAAGAAACGAAAGGAUAUCAUGGUGAUUGAGAAAAACAAGGCAGAAGUCCCAGAAGUCACUGUAAUAUACAAUCCACUGGAGGAGGUCUGGUCGAAGGAGAGCGAUAAACGCAGUUCCACUGAUUAUUUUAAAGAUAAGUCGGAAGGUCCAAGUCCCACGAGAAGGCUCAAAAAUCGUGGCUCAAAGAUAACGAAUUUCUCAUCCUCGCUGCUACCUGCCAAGCGCGCUUCUCAGAUCACCGACAGCGACAUCGUUGAGAUUAUCGACAUCGACGCUAUGCAAAAAGCUUCCGAUACGACGCCGGAGUGCAAGAUUUUGCCUGUCAUUGCCGGGGCGCGAACUCGGAAAUCUCGCAAGAGCAAGAGAUCGCAGUCAGAUGGUCAGUCACAAGAGAACAGCUCAACGGAGCUCUCUUUCUCUGUCCUUUUGCCUUCAUUCUGUUCCUCUAAUGUGAAAAUGACGGAACUACAGGAGGCCGUGCAAGAAGCCGUGCGGGAAGAGCCGUUUGUGGAGCUCUGCUCUAAGGAUCAGGACUCAAAAGCUCUACCUUUGGCAGAGAUAUCCUGGAGCUCUAUUGUCAAGAAAAGCAUCUCUCCUUCCUCGGAUUCGCAGGAAAUCCGCAAAGAAACGGAUCUUGAGCCGUUGAUAGAGGUGGAGGAGAAACUAGAGGCCGACGAACACGCGAGAAAACUGGAAGAAGCGAAAUUCUGUGGCAGAGACAGUCCUACGUUUCUCGAACCUAUGGACUGCGUGAUGUGUGGACAUCAGAGUACGCGACAACGAGCAUAUAAAGAGGAAGAAGAGGAGGAGAAGGAGUUUCUUUUCGAUCAGGAUGACAUCGAUCUGAUGGCGACGAUAACGGUCAAGGAGAGUAUCCUUGUAGACUUUCACGCACCGAUAGACGAAGAACCUCGCGUGGACAAGGACAUCGCGCACAAAGCGCGAACCAAGAUCUGUCGGGACAAGGAGGAUAACAAAGCGACGGAAGGCAGUCCUCUUUUCGCUUCGGAAGUACGAUCCGUCGUCAACGAGACACGUCGAGGUAACGUGGCAACCGAGAGGAGAGAAUCGCAAAGAGAAUCUUCUUUGCAGCUUCAACCGAUGCAGCGACAACAGGUAGGGAUCGGUGGCAACGACAGCACUACUGGGACGUCCGAACAGUACGAUACGGCUUUCUCGAAGAUGUCCCUGGAAUCCGAUUAUGGGUACGCCGAAAAGCGAAAUGAAGCGGAUCGCGAAGCGCCUAGCGAGCACUCGAUUGCCGCCAAAAAGGCGAGCUACAGAUCUAAGAGGAAAAAACGUAGAUGAGUAGAGGAUUGCUGCAUGGACGUGCCUAGGGCCAGCCUUGCUCUUUACAUACUCCUAAUGCAAGUGACAGGAGUAGAUUAGCGUUCAUACAUAACGGAAUAAGAUCACAUCGAAGUUCGAGCGUUCCAUGCGCCUUGAAGAGCUAUUUCGCAUCGAGUAACGCCGAACGGCGUGUAUCUCGUUAUAAUGCUAAUAAAGUUCAUCUUUGCUCCGUAAUACGCUAUCGAUUUCCAAGAAUUCGUUCCUGACACGAAAAUUAAUAUUUGAGACUAUUGCAACGAUUCAACGGAAGACUUGUAAGUGAAAUCGAAAGCGUGUCGCGCCAUAUAUAUAUAUAUGUGAAUAUAUUUCAAAAUCGCGUUUCGUGUGGCCCUAUUCUCAUUUCGUCUUAUCAAUUAGUAAUUGAUAUCAAAAGUAUAUAUGCGCGAAUGGGUGUUAUUGUGUUCGGGCGGUAUAGCGGGCAAGGUUGUGUUCUAGCCGAUAUUAGGACAUUAUUAGACGCUUUGACGCUAGUUCUAAUUAAAGCGUAAUAGAACUAACGAAAGAACUCCCAGAACAGGAUCGCGUUUCGCCAUCUGACAACCAUGUAGCAAUUUCAAUUCGACUGCCUUAGAUCAUAAAGCGGUGAUGGAGCUUGGAUUGUACGUGGUACAAACAAAUUGCGUGUAUCUAGGUUUGUCCGGUAUUAUCAGUAACAUAAUUGUUUAGUGCAAUUAACAACGCGUGAUGAGCGUUUUUGGCCAUUAGGUGUUCAUUUACAGGAUUGAUCUUCUAACUAGCCCUAUUCUCAAACGAUGAUCAUCCGGUAUACAAUAGGCCACAUUUCUUCGUUUUGGAGUACAAACAUCAUUUUUAAAUUCAUCCAUCUUUCGUUUACUGCCUACUGAUUACGUUUCUCGUCGAGCGACGGUAGUAUACACAGGGGAAUUAUAUUAUCAAGUUGAAAAGAUUUUUAAUCAUAAUACU